UCAAGCCAUCGCGUGUGCAUCUUCGUGUUAAACUUGUAAGACAAGAUAACCUGACCAAGCGAACAGCCCAGUGAAAUCGCUGGCCAAUUGACAGCGGCGCUUGUUCAACACAUUUUUCAACACCAAACUCAAUUCCCAUUUGAAUUUGAAUUUGAAAUCGAAUCCAAAGUGUAAUUUCAAUUUCCAUCUCGAGUGGACAAUAUUCAAUUGGAAUUGCAAUUGCAAUUCAUGCCACGGCAAGUGAAUUGAGCGAUGCCAGACUGAGGCGCAAUCAUGCUACACUUAAGGCUAUUCGAUAGCUCGUUCUACUACGGGCUGGAGUCCUCAGGGGUGGGGUCCACCUCCUCCUCCUCCUCCGGUUAUGUGUCCCCCUUCUCCGCCACCACGGAAAGGGCGUUCAAUGGCAGCCAGGAGGGGGCUGGGGGCGUGGCCAUGCCCGACACGGCGGCAGUUAAUCUGACAUAUAUCACACCUGCGAUAUCACACGUGAUUCUGGCGCCAACAGCGAUACCCACAAUGGGCCAGGUCCAGACGACAGUGGCGCCAUGUCACGACUUCGACUUGGAAACGGGCGGCAACUCCACAUGCGGCGACCCCGGCGAAGUAGACAAUUUAAAUUCGUUCUACUUUUAUGAGACGCAACAGUUUAUUAUGCUGUGGAUCCUGUUCUUCACCAUCGUCCUGGGCAAUUCAGCAGUGCUCUUUGUGAUGUUCAUCAACAAGAAUCGCAAGUCCCGGAUGAACUUCUUCAUCAAACAGCUGGCUUUGGCAGAUCUGAGUGUGGGACUGCUCAACGUGCUGACCGACAUCGUUUGGCGGUCCACGGUGGCCUGGAGGGCGGGCAACCUGGCCUGCAAGGUCAUCCGCUUCUCGCAGGCCGUCGUCACAUACUCGUCCACCUACGUCCUGGUGGCCAUGAGCAUCGACAGAUACGACGCCAUCAGGCACCCCAUGAACUUCUCAAAGUCGUGGAAACGAGGACGUCAACUGGUGGGUGGGGCGUGGCUAUUAGCGGCGUUUUUCUCCAUUCCCAUGCUGUUUUUAUACGAGGAGAAGCUCAUCCAGGGAUCUCCGCAAUGCUGGAUAGAUUUGGGUUCCCCGGAAGCCUGGCGAUGGUAUAUGUGUCUGGUUUCUGUAUGUCUAUUUGUGGGUCCCGCGCUGAUUAUCUCCGCCUGCUAUGCCAUCAUUGUUAAGACGAUUUGGGCCAAUGGCUCUAUAUUUUUGCCCACAGAACGGGGAGCCACACCUGCAAGGCGGGCCAGUUCGAGGGGCAUCAUUCCGCGUGCGAAGGUCAAAACAGUCAAGAUGACACUGACCAUCGUAUUUGUUUUCAUCAUCUGCUGGUCGCCGUACAUCAUCUUUGAUCUGCUGCAGGUCUUUGAUCAGAUUCCACACUCCCAGGCCAACAUCGCCCUAGCCUCCUUCGUCCAAAGUCUGGCCCCAUUGAACUCGGCGGCCAAUCCCCUGAUCUAUUGCCUCUUCUCAUCGCAGGUCUUUCGGACUCUAAGUCGCUUUCCGCCCUUCAAGUGGUUCACCUGCUGCUGCAAAUCGUACCGCAACAACUCGAGGCAAAAUCGCUGCAACACGGUGGGCCGUCGUCUGCAAAACAGUUGUGAUUCCAUGAGGACACUGACCACCUCGUUGACCACUUCCCGGAGGUCGGCCAACAGGACCAAUGCCCAUGUGGUCAUCAACGAAAGGCCCACCAUGGUGGUAACCGUUCCAGCCAUGUCGGAGGUAUGAUAGCUGGCCCACACCACCCGCAAAAGAUCCCUGUUUUCGAUCCAUGGUCCCACUUCCUUCAGCGAUGCAGAGUUCCUUUAAAUUGAGGAAAGACGAAGGGGACACCCUGUGAAAUGCUUCAGAGGCUUAGACAAUAAGUUCGAUAGUUGUACCAGGCAUAGAGAAAGCCAAAUGUAAGUCCCUAGUCGUAAGUGUGCCAAGUCUACGCUACGAAUUUCAAACCUUGUAUUUAUAUUUGCCCAAUAGCAAUCUGUAGUUAAGAUAUGCAUGACAUUUGUAUGACUUUUAAUUAUCACUAAGAAUCUAAUAAAUAUCUUUAAAGAUGGCGAUGUAAUCUCCAAAAACGAAUUCCUAGUAUACAUACUACAUAUGUUAUGUCACAGAUUUCCAAAAAAAGCGUUAAAAGUUGUCAAGAAAACAUUUUUACACAGUUUUGACCUAUCAACCUAAUUUCUUAAAGUCAAAAUAAAAUAUUCUUCUAAAAAGAUUGUGACACUUGAUAAGAUUAUUGACGAUUUUCCAAUUGUUGAUUCAAAAUUUGAACGAAUGACUAGGUUUCAAUCCAUUUGUAAGCUAAUUUUAAAAGCUCUCCUAGUUUUAUUCUUCUUCACAGACUGAUUUUAUUUGCGUGCCAUUCGCGGAUAUUUAGCGGAAAUUUAAACUGCAUUUUUUUCCAGUCUUAACUAGCUGUUAGGGCCAUUUGAAUUCCGGCUCAUCCGUGUAUAUAGCCACUCGUAAUGGUGUAUAAACAUGCCCAAGUAUCUUAAACCAAAACCCAUUAGGCAUAAGUAGACCAUAAGAGUUAAUAGAGCAUAAUGUUGUAGUCA